AUGAAAAAUAUUUUCACAGCUUUUCCUUUAACAUGCAAUCAGAGAGCGUUGAAACAGAACAGUACAGAAACAAAUGUAGAAGAAGACUUGAAGGUGUCAGAAACAGAAAUAAAUUUCUCACGUCACACGAUAUUCUGCCAACUUUCAGGAAGUCACAAAACUGAAGUUCUUAAUGAUCCUGAAAUAUGUUGUGUUAAUUGUGUUUGUGUCUGCUGGUCCAUAUAA